UAUACAGUUGUCUACAAGUUAAGGAAAUAGAGAGACCCCUCUCUUUCCUUACUCUUACAUUAACCCCUCAACUCCCCCUUCUUAAGAAACACUCUUUGCUCUGCUUUCCCCAACCCAAAAAUUGUUACAAAAAAGUCCAUUUCAGGAAGAUUGCAUUAUUAGCCACAGAAAAAAAAAAAUGAGAACUAGCAACCAUUUAAUAGGUUUACUAAACUUCUUCACUUUCUUGGCCUCAAUCCCAAUAUUAGGUGGUGGAAUAUGGCUAAGCAGCAGAGCAAACAACACAGACUGCUUGAAAUUCCUUCAAUGGCCAUUAAUAGUAAUUGGAGUUUCAAUUAUGGUUGUUUCUUUAGCUGGAUUUGCUGGUGCUUGUUAUAGAAACACUUUCCUUAUGUACCUUUAUCUAUGGGCUAUGUUCUUUAUCAUAGCUGCUUUGAUUGGAUUUGUCAUCUUUGCUUAUGCUGUCACUGAUAAAGGGUCGGGUCGACCCGUCUUGAACCGGGUUUACUUGGAGUAUCACUUGCAGGAUUAUUCGGGUUGGCUUGAGGAAAGGGUUACAAGUCAGAGUUAUUGGAUGAAGAUCAGUUCUUGUAUUAGAGAUUCACAUGUUUGUGCUAAGACAAGAAGGACUUACAAUAGUAUUCCUGAGAGUGCUGAGAUGUUUUACCUCAGAAAACUUAGUCCUGUUGAGUCUGGUUGCUGCAAGCCUCCUACAGAAUGUGGCUAUGUUUAUCAGAAUGAGACAGUUUGGAUUCCAGGAGGAGGGCUAGUUGGAGCUGAUCCAGAUUGUGUUAAUUGGAACAAUGAUCAAGGGCAGCUUUGCUACAAUUGUAACUCUUGCAAAGCUGGCGUACUGGCUAGCAUUAGAAAGAGUUGGAGAAAGGUGUCUGUCAUCAAUAUUGUGAUAUUGAUCAUUCUCGUGAUCAUGUAUAUGGUCGCUAUCGCUGCGUUUAGGCACAACAAACGGAUCGAUAACGAUGAGCCUUACGGAGAAACUAGGAUGGAGAAGUCUCAACCUAGCAGGAUACACUUCUAAGAUCAGUUUCCACACAACAUCAGAGUAAAGCUUGAAAUGUAUUUUUUAUGUUUGGUAAGUCUAGUAGUCUUGUUAGAACAAAAUGCUUUGUUUAUACUUCUACAUUCAAUUUUCUUCCCAAGAAAACUUGACUGUAAAUCUUGUAUUAAGUGUGGUAUCUUUUCCUUUAAUUAAAUUCCAAAACUAUCUUAGUAUUUC